GUUGCCACGGCGACGCCCUGAAAGAUGGCUGCGACGCCUUCCUCGGAUUCCGACAGCGGGAGAACUGAGAGCAACGAAGCCAAUUCGAAAUGGCUGGACGCGCACUACGACCCCAUGGCCAACAUCCACACUUUCUCCUCCUGCUUGGCCCUGGCAGAUUUGCACGGCGAUGGGGAGUACAAGCUGGUGGUGGGAGACCUUGGCCCAGGUGGGCAGCAGCCCCGCUUGAAGGUGCUGAAAGGCCCGACAGUGCUGACCGAAAGCCCACUGACUGCCCUGCCAGCGUCUGCUGCCACCUUCCUCAUGGAGCAGCAUGAGCCCAGGACACCAGCCCUGGCGCUUGCUUCAGGACCGUGUGUCUAUGUAUAUAAGAAUCUUAGACCCUACUUCAAGUUCAGCCUGCCCCAGUUACCUCCAAACCCUUUGGAACAAGAUCUUUGGAACCAAGCCAAAGAGGACCGGAUCGACCCCUUAACCCUGAAGGAGAUGCUGGAGGGCAUCCGGGAAAAGGCAGAGGUGCCUUUGUCUGUACAGUCACUCAGGUUUCUGCAGCUGGAGCUGAGUGAAAUGGAAGCAUUUGUGAACCAGCACAAGUCCAAGGUUAUCAAGCGGCAGACAGUCAUCACCACCAUGACGACCCUGAAGAAGAACCUGGCGGACGAAGAUGCAGUGUCCUGUCUGGUGCUGGGCACUGAGAACAAGGAGCUCCUGGUACUUGACCCUGAGGCCUUCACCAUUCUGACCAAGAUGAGCCUACCCAGUGUCCCUGUCUUCCUGGAAGUUUCCGGCCAGUUUGAUGUGGAGUUCCGGCUGACUGCUGCCUGCCGAAAUGGGAGCGUCUAUAUCCUGAGAAGAGACUCCAAACACCCCAAAUACUGCAUCGAGUUGAGUGCCCAGCCUGUGGGGCUGGUCCGGGUACACAAGACCCUGGUGGUGGGCAGCACUCAGGAGAGCCUGCAUGGCUUCACCCACAAGGGUAAGAAGCUGUGGACAGUGCAGAUGCCUGCAGCUAUCCUGACCAUGAAUCUCCUGGAUCAGCGUUCCCGGGGCCUGCAAGCUGUCAUGGCUGCUCUGGCCAAUGGGGAAGUCCGCAUUUACCGUGACAAGGCCCUGCUUAAUGUCAUCCAUGCCCCUGAUGCAGUAACCAGCCUUUGCUUUGGCCGAUACGGUCGAGAGGACAACACCCUCAUCAUGACUACUCGAGGUGGUGGCCUGAUCAUUAAGAUCCUGAAGCGUACAGCAGUGUUUGUAGAAGGGACAGGUGAGAUGGGCCCACCACUUGCACAGACCACAAAACUCAACGUGCCCCGAAAGACCCGGCUAUAUGUGGAUCAGACCCUGCGAGAGCGGGAAGCUGGCACUGCCAUGCACCGAACCUUCCAGACAGACCUCUACCUGCUGCGCCUGCGGGCUGCCAGAGCCUAUGUACAGGCCCUGGAGUCCAGCCUGAGCCCCAUGUCAACCACAUCUCGGGAGCCACUCAAGCUGCAUGCUGUGGUUCAAGGCCUGGGCCCUACCUUUAAGCUCACACUUCACCUACAGAAUACCUCAACAGCUCGGCCAGUACUGGGGCUGCAGGUCUGCUUCUUGUACAACGAGACACUCUAUUCCCUGCCCCGGGCCUUCUUCAAGGUUCCUAUGUUGGUGCCAGGACUCAGUUACCCACUGGAGACCUUUGUGGAGAGUCUCAGUAGCAAGGGCAUCUCAGACAUGAUCAAGGUGCUGGUGCUCCGAGAAGGCCAGAGUGCACCCCUGCUGAGUGCCCACAUCAACAUGCCUGUGAGUGAGGGGCUGGCAGCUGCUUGAGCCCUGGGCCAACACUCAAGCCUUCACAGAAAGGAGCCAGCCAGAUCCAGUGACUUCCAGUGUCCCCAGGCCAUACCCCCACACAGCGGGGUACUGAGGCUUCAGCUUCCUGUUCCUCUCUGAAACAGUCUCUGCUCCCCACUUUUGCCUCUGGGCCUGAGCCACAAGACAGGGGGUGCUCAGAAUCAGCUCCUCCUCCCUCAGAACCCUCCUGAGCACUGUCCCACAAUUCCUGCUGCCUGCCACUCUCCCCAGCUCUUUAAAGAAAUCUCCCCAGGUCCCAAGAAGAGAACUGAGGUGAUCAAAGUGAGCAGAGGCCCAGUCCUUCCUUCCACCCAUCUGUUUCAGAUCAAGAACACAAUUGCUCAGGGCGUUGAUUGGCCUGGGAAUUCGGCUGAUACAGCCCCUGCUGCCCUUUAAGGUUUCUGCCAGCUUAGCUUGCAGGCACUUGUACUAAGCAUUCCUCGUGAAUGAGGGGCUCUACUUUUCUACCGUGCUGCUCAGGAGCACAGGGCUCUGUCCACAAUCUGAGACUAGCCACAAAGAUUGCCAGAGGAGGGGUGCAAGAGGUAGAGGGGAUCCAUGUGAGGAGCUGGAGGUCCCAGCCGCAGCCAGAGCUCCCACACAGCAGCUGCUCCUGACCUGAAUGCUCGAGUCGAGUCCAGAGACAUCAUUCCUGAAAUGGAAUACCAAGCUAGAUAGCAGAGCUAGGGCUGGUGGCUUGAGGCAGACCCAAGAAGCAGAUGCCAACCAGUACCUGUGAGGAUACACUUAGCCCAAAUGGUCCAGAGGGUGGAAUGUUUU